GUGUGAAUCUCAUUACGGCCUGCGAUAUUCGCUACUGCACGCAGGACGCUUGGUUCCAGGUGAAGGAAGUGGACCUUGGACUGGCAGCCGACGUCGGCGCAUUGCAGCGCUUGCCACGCAUCAUCGGGAAUCGGAGCCUAGUGAACGAACUGGCUUUCACUGGCAGAAAGCUUAUGGCCCCGGAGGCGGAGAGCUGCGGACUUGUCAGCCGCGUGUUCCGAGAUCACGAGUCGAUGCUGCAGGGCGCCUUUGAUUUGGCCACCGAAAUCGCCUGCCGGAGCCCAGUCGCAGUGCAGGGCACGAAAAUUAACCUCGUUUACUCCAGAGACCAUUCCGUGCCCGACGGCUUGAAAUACAUGGCUACCUGGAACAUGA